AUGUGGAAGAUGAAACAAGUAGAAAUUGUGGUGCGCAGUUACAAAAGGCCAGCCCUGGGUUGGAGUAGCGCAGACAAUAUCAUCGACCUUACACUAGGCAAUGCUAAGAAGAACGGUCUGUUGCAAAAGGAACCUACAAGUCAAAAGGGCACAGAGAAGCAAAGAAAUACUCAGAUCCUAUCGACAGUCAUCAAGGCCAGGAGCUCGGCAACCGGGUCUCGGCACUCGGGUCUUGAUAUUUGGACCUCAGUAGUUAAAUGCCAGGAGUUGGGAAUCGGUAAUGGAGAUCUGGAACUCAAAGUUCGAUAUUUGGCAGUCAACAUUCGGUACUCAACGCUCAGACCUCGGAACUCAGUACUCGACACUCGGACCUUGGAACUCGAUAUUCGGAGCUCGGUAAUUGGGUCUCGGCACUCGGGUGUCGAUACCCAGACCUUGGUAAUUAUGUUCCGGGAGUCAGGAAUCGGUAAUGGAGAAUCCAGAACUCAGAGUUUGAUAUUCGGCAGUAAACAUUCGGUACUCGACGCUCGGUACCCAGACGUUUCAGAACUUGGUAAUCAGGACUUGAUAUCCGGAACUCGGUAA